AUGGUGUGCGAUACGAUAGUUUACCACCCUACAAUCACUAGAUUGAUCAAGUUCUUUGAUGCUGCAGCAGGUAGAGAAAAAGUUUUGCGUUUACUCCAAUACCUAUGCCGAUUUUUAAGUAUCGAAAAAGGGGGUCCCACGAAGCAAUUAGAGAGACAAUUCCUAUUAAUUAGAAAAGUGUUACGUUUUUUGAAACCGUUGAAUUACUUAAAACUUGCUUCUAAGGUCUAUGAUAACAAAUUGGCCGGAGAUGCCUUUGUUCGUUACUGCAACGUAUGGAAAAAUCUGGCGUUUGCGUUGUAUCUUGCCUUAGAUCAAAUCAAUCUACUUCGUAUGUUAAAAGUGAUUUCAUCUACCUCAUUAACUGGCAAGAUGAUCCCCAAAUGGACGAACCAGAGUUGGCUUUUGUCUCUUUUCCUAGGAAUUCUCAUGAAUGGUCGAAAGAUACAGAUUGCCCAACGUCAUAUUGAUGAGAUAAAGAAUGCCAAGAAGGAAGGCUCUGGGAAGGACACUGAUAAGGAUGAAGAGAAGAAAGUAUUAGCUACUGUCACCAAGGAAAGAUACUCUGCCAUAAGAAAAUUAUUAUGGGAUUCACUUGAUUCUCUAAUCGUUAUGAACAACCUUUCCUAUUUGAAACUAGAUGAUGGCUAUACGGGAUUGAUUGGGAUAACGACAUCCCUGUUGGGAAUGCAAGAUUUAUGGAAAGCUACUGAAUGA